AUGUGUGGUAUAUUAGGGGUUGUUUUAGCUAAUCAGAAUACUAAUGUUGCUCCUGAAUUAUUUGAAGGAGCUAUGUUUUUACAACAUAGAGGUCAAGAUGCUGCUGGUAUUGUAACUUGUGGUUCUAAAGGACGAUUUUUCCAAUGUAAAGGUAAUGGUAUGGCAAGAGAUGUUUUUAAUCAACAAAGAAUGAAUAAUUUAAUUGGUAAUAUGGGUAUUUGUCAUUUAAGAUAUCCAACAGCCGGAUCUUCUUCAAAUUCAGAAGCUCAACCAUUUUAUGUAAAUAGUCCUUAUGGUAUAAGUUUAAGUCAUAAUGGUAAUUUAGUUAAUAGUAUUGAAUUAAAGCUAUAUCUUGAUGAAGUUGUUCAUAGACAUAUAAAUACAGAUUCAGAUUCAGAAUUAUUAUUAAAUAUUUUUGCUGCAGAAUUAGAUAAAUUUAAUAAAAGUAGAGUUAAUAAUCAUGAUUUAUUUUCAGCAUUAAGUGGUACAAUGGAAAAAAUUAGAGGAGCUUUUGCUUGUGUUGCUUUAUUAGCUGGUUAUGGAUUAAUUGGAUUUAGAGAUCCAAAUGGUAUAAGACCUUUAUUAUAUGGAGAAAGAAAAAAUUCAGAUGGUAGUGAUGAUUAUAUGAUUGCAUCAGAAUCAGUUGUUUUAAAAGCUCAUGGUUUUAAAAAUUUUAGAGAUUUAAAACCUGGUGAAGCAGUAAUAAUUACAAAAUUUGGUAAACCAGAAUUUAAACAAGUUGUUGAAGAAAAAAUAUUUGCACCAGAUAUUUUUGAAUAUGUUUAUUUUGCAAGACCAGAUUCAGUUUUAGAUGGUAUUUCAGUUUAUAGAUCAAGAAUUGAAAUGGGUAUAAAAUUAGCAUCAAAAAUUAAAAAAGUAAUGAAAGAAGAUAUUGAUGUUGUAAUUCCAGUUCCUGACACUGCAAGAACAAGUGCUUUUCAAUGUGCAGUUUCAUUAAAUAUUCCUUAUAGAGAAGGAUUUGUUAAAAAUAGAUAUAUAGGUAGAACAUUUAUUAUGCCAAAUCAACAAGAAAGAAGAUCAUCAGUUAGAAGAAAAUUAAAUGCAAUGGAUAGUGAAUUUCAAGGUAAAAAUGUUUUAUUAGUUGAUGAUUCAAUUGUUAGAGGUACUACAUCAAAAGAAAUUGUUGCAAUGGCAAGAGAAGCAGGUGCGAAAAAAGUCUAUUUUGCGUCAUGUGCACCACCAAUUAGAUUUAAUCAUAUAUAUGGUAUAGAUUUAGCUGAUACAAAAGCUUUAGUUGGAUUUAAUAGAGAUGAAGAAGAAAUAUCAAAAGUAAUAGGUGCUGAUAAAGUAAUAUAUCAAGAUUUACAAGAUUUAAUUGAAUGUUGUACAAAAGAAAAUAAAAAAAUUGAAAAUUUUGAAGUUGGAGUAUUUACAGGUAAUUAUAUAACAGGAGUUGAAGAUAAUUAUAUUCAAGAAUUGGAAAAAAUUAGAGCACAAAAUCAAAGAUUACAAGAACAAAAACAUAAAGGAUUUAGUGUAGAUGCUUGUAUUGAUCAAGGUGAUUUAAUAGAUGUUAAAGCUGAAGUUGAUAUAAGUAUAUAUAAUAGAGGAGAUUAUAGAGAAUAA